AGGAGCCUGCGAGUGGCUUGUGGUUGCGCACGCAGCCGAAAACUGUCAGGUGAGGCGGAAGUGAAGUGAUUUCAGGGAACAAAAUGACCGUGCGUCGUCCCACCUGUUGCAGGUAAACUUCCCGAGCUCGCGACACGCAAAAGCUGCUGGUCCAAACGCAAAUGGUGAAAAAUGACUUUUAACCUUAGACUAAAACGGUCCUGCCCAUGUCUGCAGUGAACAACCCCAUUCCUUCCAACCUGAAAUCAGAAGCCAAGAAAGCAGCUAAGAUCCUCAGAGAAUUCACUGAAAUCUCCAACAGGAAUGGGCCGGACAAACUAAUCCCAGCUCAUGUCAUCGCCCGGGCUGAGGGGCUGGCCAUUAUCUCCGUGGUCAAGGCCGGCUUCGUGAUCACAGCCAGAGGAGGCAGCGGCGUGGUCAUCGCCAGGCUGGCUGACAGACGUUGGUCUGCUCCUUCUGCAAUUGGCAUCGCCGGCCUGGGCGGUGGGUUCGAAAUUGGCGUGGAGGUGUCCGAUCUAGUGAUCAUCCUAAACCAGCGUCGAGCCAUUGAUGCCUUCACAAAAGGCGGGAACUUGACCCUGGGUGGGAACUGCACGGUUGCAGUUGGUCCAGUUGGCAGGAAUGUGGAGGCCGAUGUUGCCCUGCGCAACAUGUCUGCCAUCUACACCUACUGCCGCUCCAGAGGUUUGUUUGCCGGCAUCUCUCUGGAGGGCUCCUACCUGAUUGAACGCAAAGACACCAACCGCAAGUUCUAUGCCCGGAACCUGCGAGCGUCUGCCAUCUUGAACGGCGACGUGGAGCCGCCGCAGGAGUGCUACGACCUCUACCACAUCUUAGACGCCUACACGGAUGCUUAUGUGGAUGACUGGACCAGCAAAAAUGCCCCCGUAAAGUCGUCACGUCCUCCAGCCAGACCUCCAGCUCCAUCAUCCCAGCAGCGAGCAGCAACCAGCUUCCAAACACCAGCAAACCAGCGAGCAGCAACCAGCUUCCAAACACCAGCAAACCAGCGAGCAGCAACCAGCUUCCAAACACCAGCAAACCAGCGAGCAGCAACCAGCUUCCAAACACCAGCAAACCAGCGAGCAGCAAGCAGCUUCCAAACACCAGCAAACCCUGCAAAUAAAACAUCUCUCUACCCGAGUGUGUCCAUCUACAAAUCUGAAACCUCAGCAGAAAGAGGAGCCAGCGCCCCUGAGGCCGGCGCCAGUGGAAGCCUGGUGGUCACUGCAGUCCACCCGUUUACGGGGCAGAAUCCUGGGGACCUGACCUUCGCACCCGGUGACCGCAUCUCCGUAAUUACCAAAACCCAGUCCCAGUACGACUGGUGGGAGGGGCAAUUGGCGGAUGGGCAGGUGGGCAUAUUUCCUGCAAACUUUGUCACAUAUUGACCACCUCCACUUCCUGGAUGUUACCUGGUGGAGCAUCUUCAAAUAUCACACCUCAUCUUUGCAAGAAUCAAUUCAUGUUUUGAAAGUCAAAUGCCUGCUUUGAAAUACAAAUAAAAUAUGUUGUGUCUAAA